GGAGAACUUACAGCGCUCAUCCUGUCCCCGUAGAUGGGGGUGACUUGGUCCCGCAGUAGCUUGCCCCGGUUGUCAAAAUGACCACGCGCCGCCACUGGGCCUUCUCAUAUGAUACAGAAACUAGACAUGGAAGUAUUACUGAAACAGUUGAAGGACCAAUUGAGCUUGUAAAGAAAAUAGCCAAUGGAGAAUGGGCUUUUGACAAUGAAGCUGUUCAGCAGUUAUUAUCAAAAUAUGAUCUAAUGGACAAACCAGUAUUUAUUCUAACAGUAGCUGGAAAAAGAAGGAUUGGAAAGUCAUUCCUGAUGAAUUUUUUUGCGACAUAACUAAAGCAUGGUGGUGGUGUAUGACAUGAAUCAAUGUUUACUUUUUCAGAAUGUCGAAUUUGACUGGGAAAAAUAUGAUGAAUUUCGAAUCAAAGAAUGCUUCAAAUGGAAACACGGGGAAGACUCUGUUACAAAAGGAAUAUGGUUGUGGAAUCAAGCUUAUACAGUUGAUGUGCCUGAAAUAGGAACUGUGGGAGUACUAAUUCUUGACACACAAGGUCUUUUUGACAACAUUGAUGAAAGUGAUGAAAGUAAAUUACAGGAUGGUGAUAUAUUUGCACUUAGUCUGCUAUUGAGUUCAAAUUUUAUGUACAAUGUGAAGAAUGAAUUGAAUGCAAACAAUAUGGAUUGUUUUCGACAUUUCACCGAUCACACAAAAUUAUAUCAGAAACAUUGGGAAGAUGAUGACACUGAACUAGAAAACAGUUUUCAGGAUUUGACAUUAGUUGUGAGAGACUGGGAAAAUGAUGAUGAAUAUGGAUGGGACAAAGGGCAUAAACAUAUGGAAAAGCAAGUGGGUAAAUAUAAAGUCCUAAAAGACCAUAUGAAAAAAAGUUAUUCAAAUAUACGUUGCUUCAUCUUGCCUCAUCCAGGAAUGUCUGUAAUACGAUCAAAGGAGGGAAAAAUCAAAGAAAUAGAGACAUCCUUUGUCAAUCAGCUUCUACCGCUUUUCAGCAAAGUUUUAAAUCCAACAACAAUUAAGCCAUUUAGAAUCGGUGGAAGUAUUCGCAGUGGCAGGUAUUGGAUAGACAUGGCCAAUGGUUUCGUUAUCGCACUACAAAAGACUGGACGACUUAAACUCAAAAACAUGACUGAAAAUAUGGGUGAUGAACCUAUUACCGAGGAGGAAAUUAUGAGGAUUCAUGAGGAUGCUGUAACAACAACUAUGGCAACUUUUGAUGAAAAGAAAAAAAGAAUAAUAGGAACAGAUAAAACUGACAAACAGAAAUUGAAGGAAUGUAUUUUGAAUAAUGUGGAAGGUCUUUUCAACAAAUACAAGGAUAGAAAUGCAAAACAUAUAAAAACCAUUGAAGGCAACUUACGGUAUGAAAUACAAGGGAUUGUACAAGCCUAUCGUGAGAAUAUGCUGACGGAAUCACAUCAAAGCAUUGAAAACACUCUGGAGAGAUUUGAUGGAUUGAUGGCACUGUGGAAUGAAGGAAGUGAACAGAUAGUAUCUUAUAGAGGAAAACUCAAUAUCCGAAUAAAAGAUAAAAAACAAUAUUUAUCCACAAAGAAUGAGGAAGUAAAGAAAACCGUUGAAUCAGAUAUAGCUAAAUUCGCAAUAACUGUAAAAGAACAAUAUGAAACUACAAAGGAUAAGAUUAUUCAAACUGGAUAUGUACUGGAGGAUCAUCUUCUACAGCAUCAUAAAUCUCUUGCUGAAAUUCUGCUAAGUCAUUGUCGUGUACGUGCUUUGCCAGUGUAUAAUGUGGAUGAAAAUUUCGAAUUUUUUGUCAAGUUCAAGAAAGAUAUUAUUGCCGAAUUGCAAACAAAGUUUGAAGCCAAACAUAAACUGAAUGCAGACAAUCAUAGUUUCUUUACAAAAAUUUUACGUUGGUUAAGUAAUAAAUCCUCUCAAACAGCAUGCGAACGCCUUAUAAAGGAGAUUGAAGGAAAGCAAGAAUAAAUUAAUAUAACAUACCAGGUAAAAUUUAUAUUAUACUUCCAGGAUAUGUCGCAGUGUCUUUGGCGUGUUAAAAAAAUGGCAAUCACAUUGAUUCAGUGGUAAUAAAUUAUGUAUGCUAAACUGAAUCUGGAAGAUCUCAUCAAAUUCAAAGAUUCCUUUUUCACCCAUCUCUGUGUUUUUUGUGACUCAUUUCAAGCUUCUCAACGAUUUGUUUGCUUCAUUUUAUUUGAAAGAAAAAUUUCAUUUACUAUUGGCCAAUUAAAAGAGUAAACCAAACUAUGACUUCUGUAAGAGUUUUUCCGUCUCAUCUUAGUUAAAUUAGUCUUAAGUCAAUUCCAGAUCAAAUUUUCAAUUCUCAGUUAUCAAUUAAUAUGAAGUUAUUGAUAUCCUUUUCAAAAUAAUCGAUUAAUCAUGUGUAUAGUUACAAAUUUUGGCUUGCAGUCAUUAUUUUUUUGUCUUGCGUUUUUAAAUUAUUUCUGCAUUGAUCACUAUGGAGAGAUUAAUCAUCAUGAAUAUAUUUUGGUGGUGUUUAUUGGCUUGAGUGGCCAGCACAAAGAAUGAUGUGAAUUUGCCAUGUAAAUAUUUUCAAUGCAUCUACACUGAUUAUAUACCUACAAGAUAAUAUAACAUUUGUGUCAGGUUUGUGAUUGUAACUAUUCAGCAUGUGUUAGAAUCAGCCUUUUUCAUAUUCAGUUUUCUCAGUAGAAAUUUAUAACCAAGGAUAUGUUUUUCGGUUAAGCGGUAGCGAAUGUAGAAUGUAACUAUGGAUUUUAAUGUUAUUUACCCACUUUGUAUUAAUAGUGUGUUCAAAUUCAAUGAAAAUAGGUCAUUUCACCAAUUUCCCUGAUGGUGAUUUAUCUUAGCAAAGGCUGCACUCUGUAUGCUUCUUUGUAUAAACGAAUUUGUGACGUGUUUUCGGCCACCAUUCGAGAGUUGAGAAUUUAAUGUUUCUCGUGUUUUUGAGUUGCAUACUCAUUUGGAUUGCAACCCUGUAACUGGUAUUAAGAUUUAAGUUUAUAUUUCAAUAUAUCUGUUUGGAUUCAGUUCAAUCGUGCAGCUUUACAAUAUAUGAACAUUGGCAUAGCAA